AUGGACACGUACAUUUCGCACGUACUGCUUGGCAGUAAAAAACACUUCCCUGGCGAUGUUGGCCAAAAACGCUCGCACGAUACUAUGGAGCCGGAUGCCGUAGCAGAGCCCGCGUGGAAGCGACUCGCUUUACCUUCGGGAUUGCCUGCAAGAUGUCUAGAUGCGGAAUCUUCUUGCGAUGUCGAGAUGGAAGAGACUUCGAAUGCCGACACCUCUGUAGACAGCGGUCUUGACUGUCUAUCGCAGCAUACACAUUCGCAAAGCUCUGGGGGCGUAAAUGAAGCGGAUAGCCUCUCCCCUUUUGUGAAACAUUACGCGAGGCUUUGUGGGAGCGUCCAUGAGUUUGUCAUGAAGCAUGUAGCGCCGAGAUCUGAUGGAUCGUACGUCUAUGCGUCCUCCUGGCCACCGAACCCGCCAGUAAUUGAAGGCACGUCGAUUGUGCUCAAAGAGAAAAACAUCCGAGAUAUGAGGCUUGAGCCCUCCAUGACCUUUUUCCACAUCAACGAGAUGAUACUUGCAAAGAAGCUUCCGAUGACUGGCGGAGCGGUAUAUGAACUCUUUGCGCGAGUCGUCAACUAUGGUUGCGCAGACUUUAGCCCGCAUUAUCAAUAUUUUCAGCUGGAAGACUUGUUUGGAGGAAUGCCCUAUUUGAGUGGACUACUCAUUCGUACCUGGAUCGAUCGGAGUACGCGGAGGGGAUGCUCUGUUGAAUGCGAAGCUACGCAGUUUGCGAGUGCAACAGAAGCCGAGGGCAAAUGCUACUGCGUCUGUGAGCCUGUGCAAGACGAUGCAUCCGAGCUUGGCUGGUCGAUCUACAUUCGCGAAAUACAGCCUGUCACUUGGGAAACAAUUCGAAGCGUUCAUGCCCACCUUAGAAAAUAG